AUCAAAAAACCCAAACAAACAAGUUCUCACACUUGAAGAGAAGCAGAAGCCAUUGGAGAAGAGAAGUGGGUUUGGCAAUGUCGAAGUUAUCAGCUUUGGGAUGUGAACCAGUGACUGGUAACCCGCUUGCUCCGAAGAAAAGAGACUAUAAAGUCACCAAUCGCCUCCAAGAGGGGAAGCGUCCUCUAUACGCCGUCGUUUUCAACUUCAUCGACUCCCGCUACGUCAACGUUUUCGCCACUGUUGGUGGCAAUAGGGUUACCAUUUAUCAAUGUCUUGAAGGAGGUGUUAUUGCUGUUCUGCAGUCUUAUGUAGAUGAAGAUAAGGAUGAAUCUUUUUACACUGUAAGCUGGGCAUGCAGUGUUGAUGGUAACCCAUUUGUUGUUGCUGGAGGAAUCAAUGGUAUAAUCCGAGUCAUUGAUACUGGCAGUGAGAAGAUACACAAGAGUUUUGUUGGCCAUGGGGACUCCGUAAAUGAAAUCAGGACUCAAACGUUGAAGCCAUCACUUGUGAUAUCUGCAAGCAAAGAUGAAUCUGUCCGGUUAUGGAAUGUUCAUACUGGAGUGUGCAUUUUGAUAUUUGCUGGAGCUGGAGGACAUCGUAAUGAAGUCUUAAGUGUUGAUUUUCAUCCGUCUGAUAUGAAUAAAAUUGCCAGUUGUGGCAUGGAUAAUACUGUAAAGAUAUGGUCUAUGAAGGAGUUCUCGAGCUAUGUAGAAAAAUCAUUCACGUGGACAGAUCUUCCUUCUAAGUUUCCUACAAAAUAUGUGCAGUUUCCUAUAUUCAAUGCUACAGUUCAUACAAAUUACGUUGACUGUACUAGAUGGUUGGGUGAUUUUGUCCUCUCAAAGAGUGUUGACAAUGAAAUUCUCUUGUGGGAACCUAAAGUGAAGGAACAAACUCCAGGGGAGGGUGUAGUGGACGUCCUUCAGAGAUACCCUGUUGCAGAGUGUGACAUCUGGUUCAUCAAGUUUUCUUGUGAUUUCCAUUUCAAGGAAGUUGCAAUAGGCAACAGGGAAGGGAAGAUUUUUGUUUGGGAAUUGCAGUCAAGUCCUCCUGUUCUUGUUUCAAGGUUGUCUCAUCUUCAAUCAAAAUCUGUAAUCAGGCAGACAGCUAUGUCCUAUGAUGGAAGUACUAUUUUGUGUUGCUGUGAAGAUGGGACAAUAUGGCGCUGGGAUGCUGUCACAAACUCCUCGGACUAAACUAUCACAAGCUAAUACCAGUUUGAUGUGCAAGAUGUGGUUGAACAUGAUGCAUUUAGGGUUUAUCGGAUUAACUAUUGAUUAACUUGAGUAACCAAGUUUAUUGCGUUCACCGUUUAUGUAUUGAAAUUUUUUUUCAGUGAAAAUGUUCACAUGAGAUGGAUGUGUUACUUGAUAGAUGUGAAGUGUGAACCAAGUUUAUUGCGUUCACCAUGGAUGUGUUUUUAAAUUUAGUAACACAUCGCUUAUUUUUUAUGUCAAACGCACCCCACCCGAGGAUUAGUGGGUGCUUGUUUCACUUACUUAAUGUUACUCCCUCCGUUCCUA